AUGGUCUUUACGACAAUAUGCGUUACUGGGACCAAGUCUAUCGGCAUCUCUCUUGGUUUUCAAAGGGGCUGGGGCGCCCAGUUCCAGAUCCGUUUGGCGACCGGGUGGGAGGAACAUGGAUACAUGUUCACAACAGUCGACUCGGGCCCCGUCGGCAAGGGACCUUCCUUGUACGGAGCAUCCAAUAAAGAAACCCUCAAGAGGUCUCGCAAGGUUGCGCUUGCAGAUUCAGGACUGCAGGUCGCUCAAGUAGUAAGUGGCCCGGCGUUGGUAAUGUUCCAGUCGGCCCAGGCCAGGCCAGACCCUCCAUGUCGACUUUAG